GAUUCAUUCAUCUUUUUGUUUACUGAAAACAUGCAAAAUACUGAAAUUACUGAAAAUUCCAAUCUAUAAAAUUCAGAUUUAAUCUAAGCUCUGAUUAGAAUAUGUUUUCUUUCUUGUUUACUGUGCUCGCUGUCUAUCCUAACAUGUGAAAAUAAAGUUGGUUUUUAAGACUGUUUAGAAAUAAUAUUUAUACCAUGGAUAUCCUAAAUAUCAAUUGGAAAUGGGAAGAUAUGUGUGGCCCUGAGGGCUUUCACCCUUGGAACGACACGUCGAAGGACUUCGGUUACUGUUUUCAAGAACUAUGUUUGCAAGUGCCAGUUUUUUUUAUAACUGCUAUAGUUUCAGCUUACUACCUGGGAUACAGAAAUGACUGGGUGAUUCGGGAGAAGCCUCAGGACCGUGCUCUAGUACUGAGAAGUUUCAUUGUGUUAGCUCUUGUAUUUAUACCUAUAAUUGACCUGUAUGUACUUAUAACGGAGCCGGGUUAUGUUUUGUACCCAAUCGUCUAUUUUGUGGCCGGUGCAUCAUGCUUGUGUUGGCUGGUGCACUUCGGCUACGUGCUGGCGCUGCGGCACCGGCUCGGGCCGAGCUCCCGAGGUCCAACAAGUCUGCUGGUGUGUUGGGGUGCAGCCGUGGUGUUGAACAUCCUGUCGCUCCGGAGCAACUCCAUGACCGGAGCGUCCAUAGCAAGCGACAUUGCCACUCUGUGCUGCCACGGUCUCUACCUGCUCACCCUGGUGCCACACAGCCAAACCAGACAGACAUACUAUUCACCAUGUCUUGUUGGAUCUCGACACAACCAUAAUGAGUAUACACCCCUGCUGCCACAUAUAGAUGAUGGGAUCCUGGGAACUGCUAUGCAAGGAGCAGGGCUCUGGUCUAAACUAACUUUUAGUUGGGUUGAACCUCUUUUUCUCAAAGGACUUGAAAACAAACUAGAUGACCCAGAAGAACUGUUUGAUGUUCCCGCAAAUGUAGGGUGCUCUUAUGUUGGGGCAAGGAUUGACAAGGCCCUCAUCGGCAAUGUUGAUAUCUACCAACAGUAUGUGGAGGUGCCACAUGAACCAUUUAUUAGCUCAGGCUACGGCGCGACGGGCGAGUCGGUCCCUCAAUCCUCCACGCCAGUCACUCCCAACUCCCGCGUGCUGGUCCGGCCCGCGCGCAGACAGAACGUCACCCUGUUCCGAGCCCUACACUCCUGCUUCGCCGUACAGUUCUACAGCAUCGGGGUACUGAAGUUCACAUCUGACAUGGCCGGCUUCGCUGGGCCUAUGCUGCUGAAUAAACUGGUCACGUUUGUGCAGGAUGGCUCUAUGGAUAUUCAUUAUGGCUACAUGUAUGCAGGAGGCCUCCUCGCAUCAACCCUCACUCAGGCGAUCUUCAACUCCCACUUCAACUGGAACAUGGCGCUCAUUGGCAUCAAGAUGCAGGGCGCGAUAGUAUCCACGAUCCUCAGGAAGACCCUGAGUGUGACCUCUACGGAGCUGAAUAAAGUGUUCAGUAUAGGAGAGAUCACUAACUUCAUGUCGACGGACACGGACCGCAUCGUGAACUCGUGUCCGAGCUUCCACGCGCUGUGGAGCAUACCGCUGCAGCUCUUCAUAACGCUCUUCCUCUUAUACCAGCAAGUCGGAAUAUCGUUCCUAGCUGGAGUGGGCUUCUCUGUCGUCCUCAUCCCUAUUAACAAGGUGAUAGCGAAUAAAAUCGGACGGCUGAGCACUGAGCUGAUGCGACAUAAAGACGCGAGGGUCAACUUCGUGACGGACAUGCUGAAGGGAAUACGGACCGUCAAAAUGCACGUGUGGGAAGACUACUUUAUUAAUAGAGUCAAUGACGCGCGCACGCUAGAGCUGCGCUACCUGCGCCUGCGCAAGCUGCUGGACGCGCUGUGCGUGGUGCUGUGGGCCACCACGCCCGUGCUCGUGGCCGCGCUCACCCUCGGCGUGCACGCGCUGCGCGGCGCAACGCUGGACGCGCCCACUGUAUUCACAACAGUGGCACUAGUGAACAUGUUGAUAUCUCCUCUGAACGCCUUCCCUUGGGUUUUGAAUGGGUUGACGGAAGCUUGGGUGUCUGUCAAACGCAUACAGAAACUGCUCGAGCUUCCUGAUAUGGAUCCGGAGCGAUACUACGAUAGAUUGAACACGAAUCGUGACGAAGAAAAGAUGAUUAUAUUCAACAACGCAAGCUUUUCUUGGGCCAAACCUUCUGACAAGAAAAAGCCGCCACCGAAAACUAAGAAAAACAAAGGAAAAUCUAAAAGAAAGACAUCUAAGGCUAAUCUUCAACGUAGAGAUUCAAUAUCAUCUGUCGAUGCUAUCCCAUCUGAUCAACCAUUUACCCUGAGAAACAUUAAUUUGGAUAUUGGAAGAGAGGACUUUAUAGGAAUAGCCGGUCCCGUGGGCAGUGGAAAAACGUCCUUAUUGCACGCUAUCAUAGGGGAUAUGAUCAAGAGGGGUGGUGAUAUACAGAUUCCCGAGCACCUUGACAGUUUCGGCUACGUGUCCCAGUCGGCGUGGCUGGUGCGCGGCACUAUCCGCGACAACAUCCUGUUUGGUAAACCCUACGAUGAGGCCAAGUUCCGAGCCGUCGUCGACGCCUGCGCACUCACUGAGGACCUGAACGUGCUGGGCUGGGCGGCGGCGGCGGGCGACGGCGGCUGCACGCUGAGCGGCGGCCAGCGGACGCGCAUUGCCCUCGCGCGCGCCGUCUACCAGGACAAACAAGUAUACCUAUUAGACGACGUGCUAUCGGGUGUGGACGCUCGGGUAGCCCAGCACAUCAUGCAGCGAUGCAUUCUGGGCCUUCUGAAGAGGACCACAAGGGUGCUAGUCGCUCACUCGCCGAAACACCUCGCCAGGGCCAACACCGUGCUACUGAUGAAAGACGGAAAGAUUGUCAAACAAGGCCCACCGGAAACGGUACUGAACGACAUAGAAGAGUACCUCCCGAGCGAGACGGAGUCGAUAGGGGAGGAGCCUGUGCAGGCGCCGCCCAAGGACGACGACCCGGCCGAGGUCGCCAGCCAGGACAGCCUCGCGCAAUAUGAGGGCAUGUCCCAAGGCACGGUCCGCUGGUGGGUAGUCGGCCUGUACCUCCGUUCCAUCGGGUUCUUCCUCUCCACCGCCAUCGUCCUGUCACUGAUCCUGAUGCAAGUCUCUCAAAACUUCACCUUCCUGUGGCUAGCCUACUGGGUCAAGAACAGAGCAAGCAACGCUACUACUCUGGAAAUAACCCACGAGAACACAAAGUUCCUAGACCACGGAUUCAAUGCUAUAGACACAGUCAUACAUAGCAUUAUUAACGGCACUCUUUUUAAGAAAGAUGCUAAUGUUAAUGCGACUAAAUUGAAUGAGCAGUUAGGUGGCGAGACGUUGAUGCCGAACAGUGAUAUGUUUUAUUUGGAAGUGUAUUUCGGGCUGGCGGGGCUGAAUGUGGUGUUUACAGUGAUGCGAGCGUUCCUGUUUGCGUAUGGAGGCGUCCAGGCAGCUACUAGGAUGCAUCGGAUGCUGUUGAAGACUGUUGUCAAGGCGGAGGUGAAAUUCUUCGACACGACGCCCCUAGGCCGCAUCGUGAACCGAUUUUCUUCGGACACAUACACCGUGGACGACUCGCUGCCCUUCAUACUAAACAUACUGCUCGCUCAGCUGUUCUCGCUUAUCGGAGCAUUAUCAGUGACGCUAUACGGCGUACCCUACGUGGCGGUGGCGCUAGUCCCCCUGCUGCCGGUCUACUACUGGCUGCAGCGGCGCUACCGAGUCUCCUCCAGGCAACUCAAGAGGCUACAGAGUGUCACGCUGACGCCCGUCUACUCGCACUUUAGCGAUACUUUGCAAGGUCUAACAUCAAUCCGCGCGCUCGGAGCGGGCGCGCGCUGGCUGGAGAAGGGCAGCGACAGCGUGGAGCGCUCGCAGCGCGCCGCGCUCAGCGCCGCAGCGGCAGCGGCGUGGCUGGCGCUGCGCCUCCAGGGGGCCGCCGCCGCGCUGUGCGCCGCCGCCGCCCUCGCGCCGCUGCACUCCGCCACCGCCGCCGGUGAGUGACGUCUGGUCGGUCUGGCGUUAUCCUACGCCUUAUCUCUCACGUCGAUGGUGAGCGGCGUGAUGAACGCGUUCACGGAGACCGAGCGCGAGAUGAUCGCCGUGGAGCGUGUCGGGGAGUACAUACGGGAGAUAGAAGUGGAGAAGAUAGACGGCGACCCGCCCCCGUACGGCUGGCCCACGCAGGGCGUCAUCGAGUUCAAGGACGUCGUGCUCAAGUACAGCGACCGCCCCACAGCGGCGCCGGCGCUCAACGGCGUCUCGUUCAGCACGCACUCGGGCGAGCGAGUCGGCGUGGUGGGCCGCACGGGCGCCGGCAAGAGUUCUCUACUACACGCCUUGUUGCGCACGAGACGUCUGCAAGCUGGCGCGGUGGCCGUGGACAACGUGCCGCUCAGCACGAUGCAUCUGCACGCACUGAGAUCCCGCAUCGGCGUAAUACCCCAGGAACCGUUCAUCUUCACGGGCACCGUGCGUGAGAACACGGACCCGCUCCGCAUCCACACGGACGCGGAGAUCAGUCGCGCGCUGGAGCGCUGCGGCGCGGCGGGCGAGGCGUUCGCGCUGGCGUGCCCGGCGGCGGCGCUGUCGCGGGGGCAGCGCCAGCUACUGUGCCUGGCCAGGGCGCUGCUGCAGCGGGCUAAGGUUCUUCUAAUAGACGAAGCAACCGCGAACCUCGACCAAGAAACGGAACGCCUCAUCCUCGACGCACUCAAGUGUUCGUUCGCGGGCGCGACCGUGCUAUUCGUCGCGCACCGCGUGCUAGGCGUGCUGGAGUGCGCGCGCGUGCUCGUGCUAGCCCAGGGGAAAGUGCAGGAGUAUGCGCCCCCGGAUGAGUUGUUGGCUGAUCCGACUUCGCAGUUGUAUAGGCUGGUGCAUGCGCAUGAAGAGUAGAUAAGGUAUGUACUGUAAGGUAUGACUGGAUCUUCCAUAUUCCGGGAAAUCACAAACAAU